AUGGAUCAGGAGGAGGCUCCCCCACCCCCGUACUCCGCCGUCGAUCCAUUGAUUGCACCAACCCGGAAUGGCAACCCAGCACCGAUUCCUCCUCGUGGAGGGGUAUCGGAAUCGCAGGAUGCCAGCAGCUCGCGGACUCCCCCACGGCCGACGAUAAUGCCGACACAUUUCACAUCCGCCGCUGCGUACUUUGAGGAACGGCCUCCGUGGGUCCUGGAUGAGACCCGGGAUAUUCUGCAGCAUCAUAUCACUAUUUACCCACGAAGUCAGGCCAAAGAUUUCCCGCGAAGGCCGCGCUGUUGGGCUACACGGUUUGAUGAGGUCACUCAGCAGGACUGGGAUACUUUUCUCCGGUAUCUGUUCCCACCUCAAUUAGGACUUGCCGCUUCGUCGCAGCAUCUUCCACGCCAGUUGCGAGCGGAAAUUAGACGCGAUCGCAAGGACCGUCCACAAGAGACUGACGAACAGCGGAAAGCUCGGAUUGCUGCUGUGGUUGCUGAAUGGAACGAGUGCUUUUUUGGAUAUCGCUCUACCCAGAUUGUUCCCGUCUAUGUAGGCGACCCAGAUAAUGCGCCUGCCUCCGGUCUAUGCCCUCGAUGUUACCCAGCUGCAACAGGGUCUAUAGAAGGUCAGCCGUCGCGGAAUCCGAACGCUCCGUCGCCUGUCUCUGGCCAACAAACCCCUUCCCCGACCCAUUGGCAGAUGCCGCCUGCCCCUUAUCACACUCCUCCUAUACAUACAUCCCCAUAUGGAACACCAUAUGGUGCUCCCACAUAUCCCUCCCCCAUGUCUCCCAAUCACCAACCACCUCAAUAUUAUCCCGUUCCACAUCAUCCACCGCCACAGGGUGUCGCGCCAUGGCAAUGGAACAAUUGGAAUUACGCGCAGCAACAGCAGCAGUAUCCCAACAAUGGCAUCUCCAAGGGCGGCUCAUUUGGCUGGAUAUCACAACUCGCAUCACAGGCUCAGAAGUAUGGAGAGCGAUUCAGCGAACAAGCUCAACAAUACGGAGAUCAAAUCACCGCGCAGGCACAGCAUUAUGGGCGUCAGGUUGAGGAGCAGGCACUUGCACAUGGCCGGUGGCUGGAAGAACAAGCAAGACUUCAUGGACGGAAGGCACCUAUGACCGCUCCCAGUGGACAUUACGGCCGACCUGCCUGGGAUAAUUCACCCCAGCAUGCUGUCAAUGUCCCAAUGAACCCGGUUCAAAACACAACUCCGAGCCCUGUGACAAGCAUCAAUACAACCAGUCAUCCCGUUUUAACCGAUCAGGUUAUUGACAAACCCAAACCACCGACUGAGCGCUCCAGGCGAGUGUCUGUUAGUUCUGUCUCGUCCGAGUCAUCCUUCAGCUCGAUUGAUUCCAUUUCCACAUCGUCAAAUCUGAGUGUUUCGGACUUGGCAACGGUUCGCACCCAAUUAGAGCUUCUGGAUGAUCGGCACGACCGAACGCUGUACGAUGCCGCCGUCGAGCUUCGCCGGCAGCUCACAGCUCUGCAAGCAUCCCGCCGAGAAGAUAAAAUAUCAGGUCGGAAAGAUUGGAGAAAACAAAACCAACAGUCAAAUAACGACUGGGGCCGCUGGGAUUCCCCUGAACAGCAAGAGCGGAAUUCUGUGGACAGACGCGCCAUGAAGGAUGAAAUGCGCGCCACUAAAAAAGUAUUCAAAGACGUGCUUCGCCGGGCUAGAGAAGAACAGCGUGAACGGCGUCGAGUCCGUCGCCGACAGGUUCGGCAAGCAAGAGCUAGUGAGGGCGACACGGCAAAAUAUGACCAGCCACUAGAGCAGCAGCUCGGGACUUUGCGAUUGGAUGGUACGCCUGUGGUCCCCCGCCCAGCAACUACGCCAGCUCAGCAAAAUCGAAUUACAGCUUCAAAUGCGUCAAUUGCCAGCAUUGAGUCAGGGUCGAACCCGCCGUCUAUCUCAAGGGCGAGUACGCAGGACUUUGCGCCAGCUGGUACUUCGAAGAAACAGAAGCCCACUGAUACCUCGACCCGGAUCAAGGAUAUGCUCAGGUCACGCAAGGCGAAAAAGAAGCAACAGAAUGAGGAUGCUGAGGGGGAGAGCAAGUAA